GACGCUCUCGCCCCGCCCCGUCCAGAAGAACUUCCCGGCCCGCCGAAACCACCCGCGCUCGUCUCUGCCCUCCCCGUCUUCGUCUUCAUCUUCGGCGGCGCGGCGGCGGCAGCCGCGGAGGAGGAGGAGAUGCUGUCCGGCGACAUCCCCCCGAACCAGACCAUCUACGUCAACAACCUCAACGAGAAGGUCAAGAAAGAAGAGUUGAAGAGGUCGCUUUAUGCCCUGUGCUCACAGUAUGGAAGGAUACUGGAUGUGGUGGCCUUGAAAACUCAAAAACUGAGGGGGCAAGCAUGGGUGGUGUUUAGCGAAAUUACAGCUGCUACCAAUGCUUUCCGAGGAUUGCAGGACUUCGAUUUCUACGGCAAAAAAAUGCGAGUCCAAUAUGCAAAAACAAAAUCCGACUGUAUUGCAAAAGAAGAUGGUACUUAUGCUCCUAAGGAGAAAAGAAAGAAGCAGGAGGAGAAAGCUGCUGAGAAAAAACGACGAGCAGAAGAGGCACAACAAUCUGGUCCCAAUGCUUCUAGUCAGAACAAUGGAACUGGAUACCAAGCCUCUCGCCUGGGCAAGGUCUCUCAAGAGCAUCUCCCUCCCAACAACAUCCUCUUCAUCCAGAACUUGCCGGACCAGACCACGAGCAUGAUGCUCCAGAUCCUGUUCCAGCAGUACCCUGGCUUCCGGGAAGUCCGGAUGAUCGAAGCCAAGCCAGGCAUCGCUUUCGUGGAGUUUGAGGACGACAGCCAGUCCCAUAUCGCGAUGCAGGCCCUCCAGGGCUUCAAGAUCACCCCAGAGAACCCCAUGGCUAUAUCCUACGCCAAAAAAUGAGAAGCACCUGAAACGCCUGUACUCGUUUGGUCCUCGGGCUUUAUGCUCACCUCCUGCCUUUUGCUCUUGUCAAGUCUGGUAUUGUGCCUAUAUAGGCGGCGGCUUCAUCAUCUGCCGCCAGCAGUGGUAGUAGAAGCUGGAUGAGUCAUGGGCGCGUUUCCCUCGCUUAACGGCGAAGAGAAAAUGAUGCCCCUAUACUACUGGUCAAGAUGAAUGAGGUGUAUGUGCCAUAGUAUAUUUGCCCGAAUCAGAGGUGUCGCCCCCAAGUAGUUGCGGGCAUGAUUGUUGAACAAGUAUUUCAGUAGUGGGAUGGUAGGUUUCGUGGCUCCCUUUUCUAAUGGGAGGCGUGCGGCCUUCUCCUCCCGACUAUUUGCCCAAUAUGGGAUUGCUGCUGCCUUCGUGGCCCUCAAUUAGCCCCGUUAGGUGUGUGUA